AUGAAUUUGCGAAACCUCCCUGCCCACGAAAUUCCCGGCGUAAUAGCGGAGUUGGUCGAUACUCUGGAAUCCAAAAAAAAGGAACUUCAGGUAGAGAAUGAGUUGAACCAGUCUAGUCCCACCAUGGAGGUUGUCUUGGACAGAAGUGUAGCAAACGAGGUAAACUCUGAAGUCCAUUUAUGGCGCACCCGCUACGAGGAAGCUUCAAAUCAGCUGCGACUCGUGACCGAGGAGAUGGAGUCUGUUAGGGCCAUGGGGGAUGAGGAAACCCUUCAACUCAAUGCACCGAAUGCUAUCGUCCGAAAUAUGCAGCGCGAUAUGCGCGGCGCUACAGGAGCUAGAAAGAAGCUUGACCAAAAGUCAGGAGGGGAUGGAGGAGCUAAGACUGAGUUAGAGACCCUGCGUGCCGUAGCCAGGGCGGACCACGAACCUGCCGCCCGCCUCGCGGAAUCGUCGGAAGGAGCUCAUGAGAAGGCUAGGCUUGCAAACAGAGUAAUCAGUUUCUUGGAGGAAAAGGUAAUAGACAUGGAAAGGAACCUGGCGAGCGAACAGGAGGAACACUCCAGGACACAGCAGGAUCUCUCUCAGUGUCUGGAGGAGCGAGACAGCUUGCAAUCAAAGUUGCAAACCACUCAGGAUACAAUCCAAGCGCGGGACACUGCCGUUGCGGAACUGAAAGCCGAGGCGGAGAAAGCUCAAGGGCAACUAGCAACUGCACAGACGGAGACUUGUGCCGAGAAGGAUUUGAAGAGGAAGCUGAAUGAAGCCAAGGCAAAAAAUGAACUGUGCGAGGAAACUGUCAAGGGUCUGAGAGUUGACUUGGAUGAGAAACGAGGGGAGAGCGUUGCUUUCGUAGUCCAAAUAUCGUCUAUCCUCUGCGACAAGAAGGAGGAGUUGAGGAGGCUAAAGCUUGAAAGGAACCGGGACAAGGAAGAAGCAGAGGGAUUGAAGAAGCGAAUCCUCCAGGAACUGCUGGUUUAUCUGACAGCUGCUUUGCCUACAUUGAGACAAGUCGCGGGAUGCUACCCGGCAUGGAACGAAGUUCGUAUCGAUACUCAACAAAUUGAUGAGUGGGAACUGCGACGCGGCGCACUGUCACAAGAAUUGGCAAGCCAACCUUCUGCUGCUUGA